GUUUCGCUAGCUUACUUCUCCUAUAUCAUUUCCCCCACCCUUCAGCUUUCGUUAAUUCAAAGAUCCCGCCAACAAGUUGCAACUUUGAGGAUAGCUCAACUGCUUCAGCUACUAGAAACGCGGGGCAGUGGAGCCGACCUGGUCUAUAAAAGCCCAGAGUAAGACGACAGACAAGGGGAAAAUAACUAUCUAGCUCUCAGCCUUUGACAAUUGCCAAGGCGCCCUAUUGAAGAGAGAAUUUAUCAAACAGAGUUGUCUUGCAACCCUGAAUACACGAUAAUUAGUUGCACGGCUUCUCGGAAGACCACCACUUGUUCGUCUUGGAAACACCUUUCCGGCAAGGCAAUGCUUCCCCCUCAUAUCAACCGUCGGCGCUUCGCUCCUCGAGUAGGAUUACCAGAUCAGGGCAAUCAACCGCCAGAUAAUGAGCAAGCAGAGGACCAAGGGGAUGAGGACCAGUUCUAUCCGGGCGUCUUUGAUGUUUUGAAAGUUCGACAUAUUUUGCUCUGGAAGAUGAAAUCAGACGGACUUCCAGCAGAGGUUGUGGAUAUGAUCAUAGACGCUGCCGAGUACUGGCCUUCAAGCAAAUUUACGCUGCAGCAGAGGAUAAUAGUCCAAAAGGAUGUGGAUCAGGCGGUUCUCUCUACGAAUCCUCUAUGUUUCGAUGAGAAGACUUUAGAUGCCGCUUCGCCCCAGAUGCUUCCACAUAGGACCAUUCACCCAUGUCGCAAAAUAGUCUUCUCAAUUCUGUCUCACGAUCAGGGUGGCUACCCUGACGGUACCCCGGAUUCGUACCACGGGUCAUUCACAUGGUUUGAUGCAGAGGUGGUCCAUAAAGCACAUGAACCAUCACAGAGAGAUGGCAUACACCAGCGGAUGAAUUCUACCGAUACGAGCCCUAAGCAUUACGCGCCUAAUGACCCCCUACUCCUUCCUAGAGAUAACGCGCUACAGCGCAACCGUGCUCGAAAACGAAAUGCGAAGCGACAUACAAUCGUCUGGCACCACCUUGACAACUUUGCAGCCGAUUCUCCUGAGGCGGCGGACGUUGACCGUGAUUCAGGACGAGGACGGGAUACCCUAGACGGAAAGCAAGUCCGUGAAAUGGAAAUUGGAGACUCGAUAGUGGUAUGGGCACGAGCCCGAUUCCCAGGGUGGAAGAAUUAUGUUGAUGGAUUAGCAGUACGGGUGUUCUGGGCGAUAUAGGGUCUGCGGAUUAGUAGCGCAUUACGUGACUGAAUAGGAAUCAACCCAUAUAAGUAAUGAGGCAUGAUAAUUUGUCUCUCAGCUACUCCAUCCAGUAGUCUAUCAUCCAUAGAUCCAUAUACCCCGGCGUAUCGAGAAAUGGCAUCAUCGCUGCCUGAGGCAACG